AUGGUAGCACAAAUGAUCUGCAAGGAUAGAACGCAACAAAUUGAACGACAGCUAAAAUGCUUGGCAUUUCAAAAUCCAGGACCUCUGCUAGCAGAUUUCAACCCAGAAACUCGGGAACAGCAAAAGAAAGUCUGUAUGUCAAUGAUAAACCAGGAUUGUUUUAAUACUACAAAGAAGACCAUGAAGAAAUAUGACAAACAUGGCCGGCUGCUUUCCAAUAAAACAGAUUUGUGUGAUUGUCUAGAGAAAAACUGUCUGGGCUGCUUUUACCCUUGUCCUAAAUGCAACUCAACGAAGUGUGGGGCAGAGUGUCGCUGCAACCGAAAAUGGGUCUAUGAGCAGAUUCAGGUAGAGGCUGGCCAAAUCAUCCGAUUUCCAUUUCGAAACAACUAGAUCACAUUAUGUUUCCUGAUAUUAUUUU